AUGAUUGAACCAAAUCGAUCGAUACACGAUGCAUUCAACCAAGAAUUAAAUCGAGAGCUGCAAUACAAUGUUGAUACAUUGCAGGAAUUCGUUCAAAAUAAUGUGCCCUUGCUGAAUGAACAGCAAAAACCAGUAUACGAAACAUUAAUGCAAGCGGUGGACAAUAAUACUGGUGGUCUAUUCUUCCUGGACGCAUCUGGAGGAACAGGGAAAACAUUUGUCAUUUCAUUGAUUUUGGCCACUAUUCGAUCAACAGGUGACAUAGCUUUGGCGUUAGCAUCAUCUGGAAUUGCGGCGACUCUUCUAGAUGGCGGUCGUACUGCACAUUCUGCGCUUAAGUUGCCACUCAAUUUAAACACAAUUGAGACUCCAACAUGCAAUAUUUCCCGAUCCAGUGCAAUGGGAAAAUUGUUGAGGCAAUGCAAGCUCAUUGUUUGGGAUGAGUGCACAAUGGCACAUAAGAAAUCACUUGAAGCACUUAACUUCACACUGAAGAAUCUUCGGCGAAAUAACAACAUUUUUGGCGGCUUGAUGAUAUUGUUGGCAGGCGAUUUCAGGCAGACGUUGCCAGUAAUUCCCCGUGGAACGCCUGCAGAUGAAUUGAAUGCUUGCCUGAAGGCAUCACCUUUAUGGAAUAACAUAAAAACAUUAUCGCUAACCACUAAUAUGAGAGUUCAACUUCAAAAUGAUCAAAGUGCUGCACAAUUUUCAAAACAAUUGUUAGCUGUUGGAAAUGGAAAAGUCCCAGUUGAUGCGACAUCUGGAUUAAUUACUCUCACCAACGACUUUUGCCGAUUUGUAGACUCUCAACUAGCUCUUAUUGAAACUGUUUUUCCAAACAUUAGUGAGAAUUAUCAGAAUUAUGCUUGGUUAAGUCAACGAGCAAUUCUUGCCGCAAAGAAUAAUGAUGUACACGCACUGAAUUUCACCAUUCAAUCAAAAAUCGAUGGCGAUUUGGUGACAUACAAAUCCGUUGAUUCCAUAACAAAUCCCCAUGAUGUAGUACAUUAUCCAACGGAGUUUUUGAACUCUCUGGAGUUACCAGGAUUUCCACCACAUAACUUGCAACUCAAAUUCGCCUUGCGUUCGCAAUGA